AUGUUAUCAUCAUCGCCGGCGAUCACCACCGCCGCACAUCCUCCUCCGUCGUCGGAAAGGUAUCAAAUUCCUCUGAGUUUAUUAUCCUCGCCGUCGCCGCAGAUUAUUACCCGCCGAGACCUGUUCAAGACUCUCUCCUUAUGUAUCGCCACACCAUCAUCACUCACCGUCGCACCAGCCAACGCAAGCGGCCUCUUUCAAAUGCCGCCUCUCCGUCUCAAUCGUUAUUACCUGGUGAGAGCUGGGGAAUCUGAUUACGAAAGCUUGGGGAUCAUCAACACAAACCCGGUGGCCAAAACAUCGGUUGAUAGCGGAUUAUCAGAUAAAGGUAAGAAGCAGACUAUGAGAGCUGCGUUACAGUUAAAGGCAAUGGAAGCUUGUGAUCGAAACUGUUGGCUUUGGCCUUCCAUUACACAAAGAGCUUAUCAGGCUGCUGAAAUCAUUGCCUCCAUCAUUGGGAUUAGUCGCAGUGGUGAAUUGGUGAUUGUUCGUAUUGCUGAUGAUUUUGGAGAUAAGAUCUGGUCAAUACUUGAAAUGUAA